UUGGUGUUUCAAAAUGGCCACCGUUCAGGGAGUGAGUCGAGGUGGUUGCCGGUCGAUGUGCUAAUAAUAAUAAUAUUAUAAUAAUAGUAAUAAAAAUCCACCGGAGACUUUUUCGGCUGAUGCCCCCUUUACAAGCAAGCGUGUGGCUGUCUCGGCUCUUCUGACAUGAUGUAAGCGGGCGCCGUAAGAUGCUGGCCGGCGCGGCGUGCGGAGGAGCAGAGCGCAGAUCCGUGUCGCCCGUAGCGGCGCAGCCGCUGCGUUUUUUGUUGUGGAGCUGUGGGAGGACGCCGUGAAUGAGAUGGAAGAAGCCGCACAUGGAGUCCCGCUGCCGCCUUUGUCCGUCGAUGUCAACGAGAAUGAAGAGAUCGCCGAUUGUGACGCGGCUGUCCCCGGCUCGGUAAAGGUCAGCGGGAGUAGAGUCUGUAAGAAGCCAGAUGGGUCGACAGCGGCCGGCGAGAGGGAUGCGAGCGCGGCACCCGCCGGACCGUCCCGCUGCGGCCGUGUCGGCGAUGGCAAGAUGCUGGGAUUCAUCACCGAGUGUCUUCCCGGGAUUAAAGACGGCUGCGGGGGCUCGGAGCGGCGGGAGGACGCCGCGCUCAACGGCUUUGGGGAGAAGUCCGGGGGGGUGGUGGCUGGAUCCGGAGGCAGAGGCGGGGGGACCGAGGGAGCUUUGACCUGGCCGGGGAACCCUCGGCGGGGGGAGGUGAACGGGAUGCUGCCAGAUGGGGUUUCACCGGGGGCCGGGAGGUGGAGCGGCGGUCGCUUCCACCCGGACACGGCGCCACGGUCCUCGGUGCCCCGUUCCGCGUCAUGCGACGGGAGCGGCGGACGCAACGUAUGUACUGCCGGUGCCGAUCCCCGGCGGGGUUUGCUGUGGGGCAUCGCUGACCGGCCGGACGGGGCUCCCAAUGGACUCGGGGGGGAAGGGAAAGUGGCGAACGGGGGCAUGCUGAUAGCAGAGGGAGAGACGGAUCCGCGCCGUGCGGCCGCCGACGGCAAUCCCCGGCGCUUGAACGAGGAGACUCAAAGCUCGUCGCCGGCGUCGUGUGGGAGUCGGAGAUCGGGCUCCGACGAGGAGGAAGCUUCAGAGGCGUCGCACAGGACACUGAGGGGCAAAGCCGAGGAGCCCAGCCGUCUGGGUCCCGACCCACCAUGUCUGUCGCUGUCAGAAGAUGGGGCCGCAAAGAUCCCCCGCAGGCCCUGUACUCUCAGGACUAACCCUAAGGGCACAGUGUCCCGCAGCUGUGAUGCCACCCCUCUCAGCCCCUCGGGCGACUCCAUAUUCACCGACCCGGCGGCACAGCUGGAGCCGGGCUACCAGACCCCGAGAAACACCUUCGAGGGCAGCCGGCGGCAAAGCGCUCCGGAGGGCAUCCCGGACGGCCUGGGCGGUGCGGAGGACCCUGCCUCGGACCAGGUGCUGAAACAGAAACGAUACGGGAUCUCAGAAUUUUUCGGCAGCAGGGGUCUGUUUUCUAAGAAGCCCAAAGAGCCGCUGCAGAGCGCCCCCGGAUGGAAGCUCUUCGGCAGGGUUCCACCCAGGGAGAACCCACAGAAAGAUUCCCGGACCAUUCAGCAGGAUGGUAACGCCAGCAGCCUCACCUCUGUAUCUACACCCAAUCUCUUAAGUGCGGGGGAGUACGAGGCUCGUACGGGGAAGAUGGUAGCGGCCUCUGUCCAGCCUGCGCACGGCAGGCGGAAGAACCUGGAGUUCGAGCCGCUUUCCACCACAGCACUUAUCCUGGAGGACCGGCCGGCAAAUCUACCCGCCAAGUCUGCGGAGGAAGCUCAGCGCCACCGUCAGGAGUACGACGAGAUGGUAGCAGAGGCCAAGAGGAGAGAGAUGAAGGAGGCCCAGAGGAAGAAGAAACUGAUGAAAGAGAGAUUCAGACAGGAAGAGAGUAUCGCCAAUGCCAUGGUGACCUGGAACAGCGAGAUCCUCCCCAACUGGGAGAGCAUCAGGCGCCACACGCGGAAGGUGAGGGAGCUGUGGUGGCAGGGUCUGCCCCCCAGCGUGCGGGGCCGGGUGUGGAGCCUGGCCAUCGGAAACGAGCUGAACAUCACGCCAGAGCUGUAUGAGAUCUUCCUCUCCAGAGCCAAGGAGAAGUGGAGGAGUUUCAGUGAGACCAGCUCCGAGAGUGAGGCGGAUGAUUCAGCUGCCUCUCAGGCGGACCGGGAGUCCAGCCUGGAUUUAAUCAAGCUGGACAUCUCGCGUACUUUCCCUUCCCUGUUCAUAUUUCAGAAGGGUGGACCAUACCAUGACCUGCUACACAGUGUUUUGGGAGCUUACACCUGCUACAGGCCUGACGUGGGAUAUGUCCAGGGGAUGUCGUUCAUUGCGGCAGUACUGAUACUGAACCUGGAGGAGGCCGACGCCUUCAUCGCCUUUGCCAACCUCCUGAACAAGCCAUGUCAGAUGGCCUUCUUCAGGGUGGACCACGACCUGAUGCUGAAAUACUUUGCCGCGUUUGAAGUCUUCUUCGAGGAAAACCUCCCUAGACUGUUCAGUCACUUUAACAGUUACAAGCUCACCCCUGACCUUUAUCUCAUCGACUGGAUCUUCACCCUGUACAGCAAGUCCCUCCCACUGGACCUGGCCUGCCGUGUGUGGGAUGUCUUUUGCCGGGACAGCGAGGAGUUCCUCUUCCGCACUGCCCUGGGCAUCCUGCGCCUCUAUGAGGAGGUCCUACUGCACAUGGACUUCAUCCACAUCGCCCAGUUCCUCACCCGUCUGCCGGAGGACAUCGCCCCCGACAGGCUCUUCGGCUGUAUUGCGGCCGUGCAGAUGCUCAGCGGCAACAGGAAGUGGGCACAGGUGUUUUCUGCAUUAAUGAAGGACGGCAAGGAUGUGGACAAGAAUAACAGCCCAGCGCUAAAAAGUUAAUGAUUGCUCUCUGUACCUGUGCGGUGAAAACACGGGGAGCGAUGGACGGUCGGAAACGAUCCACGAGCUGAUAUGAAGCGCAGCUUGAAGAUAGACGCUCCUAAUAGCCAGUAUUGCCGUAUUAAAUGUUUGGCACAAAGGUAUUGAAAGCCGGGAAGUGUUAGUCCACAGCAGUUACAGCCCUUUGUAUCAGAACAAUUCCACUUUCUUUUCCAAAGUACGACUCCUUAUCAUAGACUGAAGGCAUUUUAACUCCAGUCCGUUUUGUGAAUAAAGUAACUGAUCUAGAAAUUCCACUAACAUUAUUUAUGUUCCAUUGAUACUUUGAUGGACCAAACUAAUAAUGCGACUAAAAUCUGAUUUAAAAGUUCAUAAAUCACCACACAUCAGAAAAACCUACGUGCCCCAUGUCCAAGGCUAUAUUAACACUAAGUAUAUCGCGUAUAUUCACUUCCACGUCACUUGAAAUCAAUGCAACCGAAUCGUGUAAUGAUCCUGCAAUAAACACUAUUCCUUUUAAGUUAACAAAUACUGUUUUGUUGUUUUGAGCUACACGCAAAUCUAUCCGAAAUCGCCUCUCAGAUUUUUUUUUUUAAUUUAAAAAGAAAUGUGUUUUAGCUAAAAUAAUACUAAAAGUUGUGGAAUUAUAUGACGGAAGCCGCCGGUUAUGAAGUGCAAUAGAGCUCGGAUCGGCGCCGAGAUGAGGAGUCUCUCGCCACCCGGGUCUCAUUCCCCUGAGGGUGACGCUCGAUAGCUUUACGGUGAUUCUCCGCGGAAUGGGGACGGUGCAACGCGACUGUCGGGCAUCACCAGAGCGGAUUCUCCUUUUAACAUCUGAAGUGCGGUUAAAAGAAACUGUACAAGCUUGCUUUUUAAAGAUCCCAUUUCAGCAGUUGAAUGCUAUCUAGAGACUUUUUUUUCUACAGACAUGUAUUUCUGUUCAUUUGUACAAUGAAUGCAUCUGUUUAUUUUGUAGUAUAUUUUGAGUUUUGUUUGCGUGUCUACUCUUUAUAACAAUAUCUAGCUGUACAUCUCAUCUUUGUAUUUUAAUUUGAAGCUAAGUCAUUUAGUCGACUUUUCUACUAUUGCUACUCUUGUACAGUUUUCAUACCGAAUACAGGUACUGUAUAUUAAAAUCAAUUGUAAAUAUAUGGAAUAUCUCCUUGGUACAAAACCACUAGUAACAACUUCAUGUGUAAAUAAAUGUAAGAAGCAGAAA